AACAACACUUCAUCUUGGCAGUUCAUUGAGAGAGAGAGAGAGAGAUACACAUACAUUUUAGAGAGAGAAACCAAUCAAAUCCAGUUUAUCUUGGCACUUGAUUGAAGAAAAUUUUCUUGAAGAUGGUGGUGAUUGAUCUUUAUAUUCUGGGCAGUUUCGUUGCUUCUUUACUGGGGUGCUUCGUUUGCCUCUACAACUUGAGAGGAAAGAUUAGCAGGAAAAACAAGGCCGCCGUGAAGUUUGGACGCAAAGAGGAGAUGGCGGCCGCCGUUAAGUCGUCGUCUCCGGCGAAUAACGACGGGUGCCGGAAGGCGGAGGAUGGGAGGACGACGGACGUUAUCAUCGUCGGCGCCGGUGUUGCUGGGGCAGCUCUAGCCCACACUCUAGGGAAGGAUGGACGCAGAGUUCACGUAAUCGAAAGAGACUUGAGUGAACCGGAUAGAAUUGUGGGCGAGCUUCUUCAACCCGGAGGCUAUUUGAAACUAAUGGAAUUAGGCCUCCAAGAUUGCUUGGAGACGAUUGAUGCCCAGAGAGUGUACGGAUAUGCUCUUUACAAGGAUGGCAAGAGUACGAGGUUGUCUUAUCCCUUGGAGAAAUUUCAUUCAGAUGUGUCGGGAAGAAGCUUCCAUAACGGCCGUUUCAUUCAAAGGAUGAGGGACAAAGCAGCGACACUUCCCAAUGUGAAGAUGGAGCAAGGAACAGUGACAUGUUUGAUUGAGGAAGAGGGAAGUGUGAAAGGAGUGCAAUACAAGACAAAGGAUAAUAAUGGGCAAGAAGUGACGACGACAGCAUUUGCACCUUUGACUAUUGUCUGUGACGGCUGUUUCUCUAACCUGCGACGCUCUUUGUGCACUCCCCAAGUGGACAACCCUUCAUGUUUUGUGGGUUUAGUCCUCCAAAAUUGUGACCUCCCAUUUGCAAACCAUGGCCAUGUGGUAUUAGCUGACCCUUCACCAAUCUUGUUUUAUCCCAUUAGUUGCACUGAAGUCCGAUGUUUGGUUGACAUCCCUGGUCAAAAAAUCCCUUCCCUGGCAACUGGUCAACUUGCCAAUUACCUCAAAACCAAUGUUGCUCCCCAGAUUCCUCGAGAGCUGUAUGACGCUUUCAUUGCAGCAAUCGAUAGAGGAAACAUCAAAACAAUGCCGAAUAGAAGCAUGCCUGCAAAACCACACUCCACUCCGGGUGCUCUCCUCUUGGGAGACGCCUUCAACAUGAGACAUCCUUUGACCGGCGGAGGAAUGACCGUCGCCCUUUCCGACAUCGUCCUUCUUCGCGAUCUUCUCAGACCUUUGCGCAACCUCAACAACGCACCCGCCCUCUCCAACUACCUCGAAUCCUUCUACACUCUCCGUAAGCCUGUGGCGUCCACCAUAAAUACGUUGGCGGGGGCACUGUACAAGGUGUUCUGUGCAUCGCCUGAUGAAGCUAGGAAGGAGAUGAGAGAGGCGUGCUUUGAUUACCUUAGUCUUGGAGGGGUUUUCUCCGAAGGACCGGUUUCUUUGCUUUCUGGACUCAACCCUAAACCUCUCAGCUUGGUGGUGCAUUUCUUCGCCGUUGCGGUCUACGGCGUCGGCCGCUUGUUGCUUCCGUUCCCUUCUCCGCAACGCAUUUGGCUAGGAGCUAGAUUGCUCUUGGGUGCAUCUGGGAUUAUCUUACCAAUCAUAAAGGCAGAAGGAGUUAGACAAAUGUUCUUCCCGAUUACAGUUCCAGCUUAUUACAGAGCUCCCCCUCUUGGUGUUGGCCAUUAGAAUAUAAUGAUCCAAACAACUUUUAAUUUUUUGGUGUCUUUUUCCUGAAGUGACAAAAGAGUACACAGGAGAUAGAUGCAACAUGAUAUGAGCUUCACAAGUAUUGUAAUAAUUACGAAGCUCAUUAUUGUAUCUUUCGGGAUUAAUCAUUUCAUGCGUAUUUGUAUGUUAUGCAUAUAAAUGGUACGGCUGCAAUAUAAUAUGUGAUUUAGUUACGCCACAUUGUAUAAACUUUGGUAUGAAAAAUUAAAAUUUAUUUUUGUA